GGCACCAUCAGCAUUGAUUCGAGAAUUAUCGACGCGCCGUCGAGCACGAUGCCCGCCGCGGAUGCUGAAACACCGACCCUGGACUUUGUGGGCCUUGACAUUGGCUCUAAGCAAUGCGUUGUCGCCCGCCCUUCAGGCGAUAUAGUCUUGAACGAACUGGGCGGCAUGACCACGGCGACGCUCGUAUCGUUCAAGGACAAAGAGCGGCUGCUGGGUGAAGCGGCUGUGCUGGCGUCCAGCACAAACCCGACCAACACGGUGGACUACGUAAACCUGCUUCUGGGCAAGACGUUUGACCAAGUCAUGCACCAAUUGCAAGCAUUCCCGUGCCAACGGUCUAACUUCAAAGCAAACGACGCCGGUCUUCCAGUGGCGUCGGUCGAGUACAACGGUAGCACGGUCGAGUUUAGCCCCGUGCAGUUGAUGGCCAUGCUGUUGGCCAAAAUCGGCGGCAAUGUCGCCUCAGAUCGUUCGUCGUUGAAAGUCGGGGUCGCCAUCCCACCGGGGUGGAGUGCCGCGGAGCAAACAGCGCUGUUGCAGGCCAUCAAGAUUGCUGGCUUUGGCGCCGCAUCUUUGGUGUCAAAAGACGUCGCACUGGCCCGAUGCUACCACCAAAAGCAUCCCGUCAAGGACGAAGCCGCGGCGAAGACUAUUGCGAUUGUCGAUGUCGGCCACGUCUCGACCACGGCAGCCCUCGUCCGCUUCUCCGCCACUGGCGAAACCAUCCUUGCCCGGGCGUACGAUGGCGCGUUGGGGUCUGCAAACUACGACCGCCACUUGUACACGCACUUUGAAGCAAAGCUGAAGGCAUCCCAUGGCGUGCAGAUUCAACCGGAGAGCCGCCAAAGCCGCCGCCUUCUUCUGGCUUGCGAACAGCUAAAGAAAUUGCUCUCGACCAUCCCUGACGCUGUCGUCCACGUGGAAAACGUCGUGCCCGACGCAGACAUUACAUUGAGCAUGACGAAAACCGAGUUGGAGCAACUUGGGCACGUUGAAACGACUGCGAUCCGAGAGUUGAUGGAAGGGCUGUUUGCCCAAACUGACGUCGCGCCGGCCGACAUAGCGACGGUCGAGAUCGUUGGCGGCGGCACACGCAUGCCUUUGGUGCAAGACGCCAUCACCAAGGCGAUCGGGGCGCAUGUCACGCUUGGACGCAUGCUCGACAGCGCGACCGCCGUCGCCGUUGGCGCUGCAUUGAGCGACGACGUCGGCAUGUUCUUUGACGUGUCUGUGCACGACGGCGACGUUGCGCUCGAAAAGUCGAUGCAAGAUCUAGACCACAACAUGACGAUGCUCGCAAACAAGCGCAACGAAAUCGAAACAUUCGUGUACGACAUGCGCGCAAAGCAAGGCCAGAAGCACGGCCACCUGAUUGAUUCGGCGGUCGUGGCGCCGCUCCUGGACGCCGCCGAGGACUGGUUUUACUCGGACGACGCCGCAACGCUCGAGGAAGCGACCGUCCGCGUGGACCAAUUCAAAACGGACAUUCGGAACGCGUGCCAAGCGUACUUUGCAGCGGUCGAGAAGGACGAGAAGGAGCUGGAGCACCAGCUCGAAGUGGAAGCUCAAAAAGCAGCGCUCGAAAACAAGGACGAUGACGACCACGACUUUCGAAAGGUGGGUGGCCCGUGUUGCGAGUCAAAGUCUCAUGCGCUGGGCGACGCCAUGUGCAGCUCAAAACCCCCGACCGCAUGCGACUCGUCGUCAAGAACAAAGACGAAGGCAACGAGUUGUUUCGCGGCGGCAACAUCCAACACGCUGCGGCGCGCUACGUCAAGGCACUGACCCACGCGACGAAAUUCUUUGACUUGCGCCCGGACGAAGCCGCCGAAGUGAAAGCGAUCAAGCUCAGCUUGUACUUGAACUUGGCGCAGUGUUAUUUGAAAUUGGAGAGCUGGCAAAAGGCCGUUGUCAAUUGCAAGGACGCGCUCGACUUGGACCCGACCAACACGAAGGCGCUGUAUCGCCGCGCGUUGGGGUACGAACGGUUGAAGGACUAUGCCGCUGCCUUCGAAGACAGCCAGAAAGCGUUUAUGUUGGCCCCUGGAGACAAGGCCGUCGUCGCGCUGAACGAUCGGUUGAAGGCGCACAUGAAAAAACAAGAAGCCACGGAAAAGAAGAUGUGGGCGAAAGCCUUUGCCUAGGUGAACCUCAAGCUCCGCGUCCAUGUUCGUAGUAAACAUGGAGAUUGAUGUAACAAGGCGCGUCGAUCGAUGGUUUCCGCAGUGCCAUAUGCAAAUCCAACACUAGAAUGGCCUCGUUUCGCAGCGACACACAGCCACUGGAACGCUAGCGAGCAUUGUGCAGCAUGGAGCCGCGGCUGUUUCGUCGGUGCAUCGACUUGAGCGGGGUGUUGGAGUGCGGCGAUAUCCGCGCCGACUUGGCAUCGUCGUCGUCCUGGAUGUCUUGGAGCGCGCGGAAUUGCGCUUUUUCUUCGUCGUACUCGUCGUAAUGGCGCGCAUCCGAUCGUCGUGGCGCAGCCGUCUCGAGCUCGUUGAAUUCAUCAAUAGUCACAGCGUCAUCGUCAUCGUCAUCGUUGGCGCUGCGUGUCAAAGUCUUUUCUUCGUCGAUGGCUUUCGCGCCGCCGUCGUCGGGGGGGCGACUGUCGAGGCGACGUUUUGAAUCCGCUGCGGUCUCCUUGGCGUCUGCAACGUCAUCGCUUUCGUCGUCUUUGUCUAAUUUCGCGCUGCUGCCGUCCGAGGUGGCCUUCUUCGCCAACUGCGCCACGACCUUCUUUGCCAAACCGACCCUCACCAUGGAUUGAAUCGAGACGGCCGCUGCUGUCCUGUCGUCGAGCACCUUGGCUUGAUCAGGAUCGUAGUGUUGCAUGGCGGCGGUGUGAAUGGCGCCCAAGAUGACGGCAAUGCGGCUUUGCAUUGGCGCAGGGUACUUCUUUCGCGCCUGUACGAAACAGGGUGAGCGUCCAUCGGCAUCGACAACUGCACCUCGUCCACGUUCUUCAUGGCCGCGUCAAACGCGACUUGGGACAUGGACUGAAGCGGUGCUGCAGGGCGGCCGUGGAAAUCCGACAUGGCCUUGACCAGCCGCGCAUGCACUUUGACCGCUUCUUGCUGCAGCGCCGGAGACGAGUCCCGUGGAUGAUGGAGAAUCGGGACCCCGUCGUGCUCGACCACCGGCGACUCGUGUAGCUGCUUGAGCCGCAAGUCCACGAGCCGAUCGAUGCGCAGUUCGGUGGCCUGCCGACGACCGAGCACCCCUCGCACCACCGCUUGCAACUUGACGAUCG